GCAGGUCGGCUCCUCUGUCUCGGCCUGGCUCCCCUGCGCCGCCGCAUGGAUCCGCAGGCAGCGGCGAAGACUGCCCCCGGCGGAGAUGUCGCCGAGCCAAUGCUGCGAAUGGAAGGGGGUGCCGCGCGAGAUCCAUCAGGAGGUGCCCCGCCCGAUGACAGGUUCACCCUGGCGGCGCUGGCGUGCGCGCCCAUGUUCUUCGGCCUGACCGCGUGCCUCGCUGUCCUGGGCAUGCGAGCGGCACGCUUCGGGCCCGUGCCCCGCCUGGCGGAGGGCCCCGUAAUCGAGGGCAGGCCAAAGGUGAUCAGGGUAGCGGAGAGGCUGGCGGGCUUUCCUCCCUUGUGCGACCGGGGCAUCGUCCUGGAGACGUGCGCCCUCUUCAGCAGCUCAACCCCAGAGUUCUGGGGCAGCGCGGCCGACGUGGACACUCGCGUGCUGCACGCGGCCGAAGUCUCAUUCGGACUACAGGUUGCCAGGAGCAGCGUCGUCGGCUGGAUGGAAAAGAUAGGGAUGACGAACGUAGAGACCGACGGAGUUGCGUUGGCAGGUGGCGCUUUCGCGGUGGACUGUCAGGAGUUGUGCGAGCGAACCGUCGCGAGCUUCGCCGAUUCGGUGCUCCCCGAGGUGUCGGACGUGGCCUGCUACACGCAUCCGACGACGGGCAAGGCCAUUUGUGACAUCGAUGUCUCGCCCGAUGCCCUUCGCCAGAUGCAGGAUUCACCCGAGGUUGUCAAGGUGAAUCAAUCGCAGCAGCUGAACAGUUCGGAUAAUGCUACAAUCAGCUAUGACGCGCUGGCCGAGCUGGACGACACCGAAUUGCCCACGAAGGACGACGCGUUCAUGAGGCUGAUGGUAGCGCAGUGGUUCCGUCUUCACCCGCUUUCCUCUGUCACGCACGCCCCGAGCACGCCCAGUGAUAACGUGAGUUCCACGAGCACGCCCAGUGAUAACGUGAGUUCCACGAGUACGCCCGGUGAUAACCUGACCACAAGUACUCCCAGCGAUAACAUGACGUCUACAAGCACACCAAGUGAGAACGUUAGUUUCACGGCUCGUAGGCUCUCGAGGAACGAUCUGGUCGGUGGAUUCUUGUAG